AUGCGGGUUCUAUGCGUGGCCGAGAAACCAUCCAUCUCCAAGGCGGUAGCUGGCCACCUCUCUGGUGGCCAAUUUCAGACCCACUCUACUCGCAACCAAUAUGUAAAGAAUUAUUCUUUCGAUUUUGAUUUUGGGUCGCCAUAUGGCCAUUGCUCAGUCAUCAUGACCUGCGUAUCUGGGCAUCUCACCAAUCUUGAGUUUACCGCCGAACACAAGAACUGGAGCUACCCGCCCCCAGAGUCGCUCUUCAACGCGCCAGUCAUCAGCAGUGUAUAUGAUGACAAGAAGAAUAUUGCCCAAAAUUUGGCGGAGCAGGCAAGGUACGCGCGCCUGCUCGUCAUCUGGACCGAUUGUGAUCGCGAGGGAGAACACAUCGGCCAGGAGAUUGUCGAUGCGGCCAAGAAGGGCAAUGGUCAAAUUCAAGUCAAACGCGCUCGCUUCAGCAAUAUCGAAAGAGCACAUGUCUUGUCUGCUGCCAGCAGGCUGAUAAAUCUGGACGACAAGCAGGUAAAUGCUGUCGCCGCGCGUAUCGAACUGGAUUUGCGCAUUGGAUAUGCCUUUACACGGUUCAUGACCAACAAUCUACGACCACUGGGUGGGCCAAUGGAAAACCUGACCUUAAGCUACGGCUCGUGCCAGUUUCCCACCCUUGGUUUCGUUGUGGAUCGGUAUUUUCGAGUCAAGAAUUUCAUCCCGGAACCAUUCUGGGGCAUCAAGCUCACGCAUAGCCGCCAGGGCAAACAGGUCGUUUUUAGCUGGUCAAGAUAUCGGCUUUUUGAUCGCCCGACGACUAUCAUUUUAUAUGAAAGAUGCUUGGCUGCAAAGCUGGCCAAAAUUACCAAGGUCCAGGAAAAGCCAACGCGCAAAUUCAAGCCACUGCCACUCACCACAGUAGAGCUCCAAAAAGCAGCUACUCGCUUGCUCCGGCUGAGUGGUCAGCAGGCUAUGACAAUUGCCGAGGGCCUCUACAACAGAGGCUUCAUUAGCUACCCAAGAACAGAGACGGACCGCUUCGACAAGGGCAUGAACCUGCGUGCGUUGGUACAGAAGCAGACGCCUGACCAGCGCUGGGGUGAGUUUGCACAAGGUCUUGUGAACGGUGGAUUUCAGCAGCCGCGGGAAGGAAGACACGACGAUAAGGCGCACCCGCCUAUCCAUCCUAUUACUUAUGCCGCACCGAACGUGUUGAACUUUGACGAAGGCCGCCUAUACGAGUAUGUUGUGAGACGCUUCCUCGCCUGCUGCUCAGAAGAUGCCAAGGGCUCCGCCACAGAAAUCGAUCUGCAAUACGGCGAUGAAAUGUUCAGCGCCCAUGGUGUCAUUGUCUUGGAAAGAAACUACCUUGACGUCUACGUGUACGAGAAAUGGAAUGACACGGCUGAGCUGCCAAAAUUUACUGCUGGAGAGCAAUUCGUGCCGACAGAGGCCAUGAUGACAGAAGGCAAGACAGGGCCGCCGUCAUAUCUCACCGAAGCGGACCUCAUUGCGCUGAUGGAUGCCAAUGGUAUUGGCACGGAUGCGACCAUGGCCGAACACAUUCAGAAAAUCCAGGACCGAGAAUACGUGGCGACGAUUGCUCGUUCUGGCACAACAAGCGGCGGCAACGAUGACGACGACGAAUCUGACGGCGACGGCGCGCAAGCAAGCAGAGGUGGACGGGGCCGUGGCCGCGGCCGGGGUGCUCGCGGAAGAGGCGGGCGCGGCGGCGGAGCAGCGGGCCGAGGCAGAGGAGGGAGUGUCAAGGUAUUUGUGCCGACACAGCUCGGCGUGGCCCUGAUCCUGGGGUUUGACCGGAUGAACUUUGAGACGAGUCUGGGCAAGCCGUUUCUACGAAAAGAGAUGGAGCUCAAGAUGAAGGCGAUAUGCGACGGCCGGCUCAACAAAGACGCCAUGCUGCGGGAGAGCAUCUCGCAGUACAGGGAGGUCUUUAUGCAGUCCCAAGAGAAGCUGAACGUGCUGAAGCGAGCGUGCCGCGAGUUUGUGUUUGCCCAACCCGGGUGA